AUGGGGCAAACGGUGGGACGUAUGCCUCAUACAUGGGCCGAUAUAUUAGAGGAAAAAGAUCAUGUUCUGUAUUGGAGUGGAGAGGUUUUAUCGAGAGUCGCCGAUAACGUAAAUCAAGAAGAAUCGUUACUGAUCGAUUACGGCAAUGAAAGCAUCGACAAAAAAAUCGACGCAUGGAUGGAAUCUAAUCAAGCACGAAUCGACAGGAUAUUCAGUAAACAUCCAGAUUUACCGGAAUCAUAUAAAUUUCAAAUGGCAAACGAACUCGAACAAAUAAAACAAGAGUUUAGGAUAAAAAUGAGAAACGAUUAUUACCGUGGCUACAAGGAUAUGAGGAAAUUUACGAAGAAAGUGGAUUUAUUAGGAGAACGACAACGAAAGAUACACGCCAAAAUUCAGAAUCUUGAAAAUAUUUGCGAUGGUGAUGUGAAAAUGUUUCAGAAUAAAUUCGGACCUCUGCGAGUAAAAACGUUUAAAAAUCUUAGAAUAGGUGAAAAAAUGAUAUUGCAAGACAAGAAACUGAAGUCACAGUUUGCUAAACGUGUAUACGAUAUCGAUCAUAGAAACGUGGAAGAAUGUGCAAAAUCCAUUGAUAAAUUAAUAAAGAUGAUUGAGAAAGCUGCGCUUAAGUUAUGA